UGCUUGCACUACCAAUGACGAGAAACCAAACGAUAAUAUCCUCCUUGGACUUGCGUUGGCCAAGAUAGUAUCAUUUAUAGAAAGAAAAAAACUAGACAAUGACGAAGGAAAUCCAACUAUAUUCAAACUAGCUGACCUUGUGAAGAUGUAUGCCUUAAACCUUCAGCAACUCGGUUUUGAAAACAGCAAAAUUCAUUCCACAGAUUUGAAGAACAGAAUUCUAACACAAAUACCAAAUCUGCAGUCACACAAAGAAGGAAGGGAUGUUUCUUUGGCUUUUGACAAAGAUAUAGCACUUGUUUUACAGCGAGCAAGCAAAUCAUCGAAUUGUGAUGACGAAGCCAUUAUUCUUGCUAAAGCAGCUCAAAUAAUUCGCAGAGACAUUGAAAAGAGUAAACUUCCUGAGUUUAAUAGGACAUUUGAUGAAACUGUCAACAAAACUGUUUACCGCAGUCUGUGAUAAGAACGGUCUCAAUGAUUCUUUCUGGCUCCAAUCAUAGCUCAACAAUAGAUGAAAAUCAAGCUGCACUUAGUUGUUCUCAGCUCUUAUUUUUUAACAGUGCUUCCAAGAAUCAUAGUCCAAAAGCAAAGAAUAUGUAUCACAAGCGCGACAAAGAACCUCCUCUUCCAGCAUAUCUUGGUCUACGGUAUUGUUGCAUCUGUAUCCUCAAGAUUUGAGGAAGAAAAAGUUGUUUGUUCACCAACACUUUGUAAAGACCUCUUUACGACGGGGGCAGUUGACAAUAUCGACCACAAUCCCUCGUCCACUACUGCACAGGAUUCCUUUCAUGGGAUAGGAAUAUCUCUGUUUCAACAUACUACCAGUUCUGUAGGAGUACCCAGAGAUGCCGUGGGCAUUUGUGGCGAACAGAGAGAAAGAAAAAAAUCCUUCCCGAUGACUACGCUAGCGUAAAGCCACUGACUCUACUUGAAAAAGAACCAAAGGUAAGUGGUUGUGAUGUUACCACAAUUGAAAUGACACCUCAGUUCGAACAGGAUCACACAAUGUAAGAAUUUAAUGUUUUACAAUUCUCCACAAAGAAAUGGAGUUAUGUCAUUACGUUCAUCUUAUGGUGCCUUUAUAUUUCUUUUUCAGAUGGCUUGAACCUGUUAAGUCGAAAGUAGUUACAGAUGAUCUACAAGAAACAGAUAUGGAAACUACACCUAUGUCAUGGGCUGCAUUCCAUGCAAGCAACAGAGAAUGUACAUAG